GACACUAACUGGCUCUCACUCCAUCCGUAACACACCAUAUGAUGCGAUCUUCAUAGGCCUUUUGGUGGAAGAGGGACAUAAGCAUGACAUCCUUACAGCAGGUUAUGAUGGGAUUUACACCUAUUUUGCCUCCAAUGGCUUUUCUUUUGGUUCCUCUCACCAGAACUGGAAAUCGAUCAAGAACUUUUGUGACACCAACAACCUCAUGUUUAUUCCAAGUGUUGGGCCAGGAUAUAUAGACACAAGUAUCCGACCGUGGAAUAACCAUAACACCAGGAACAGAGUUAAUGGUAAGUAUUACGAGACAGCCCUUCAGGCGGCACUUACUGUCCGUCCAGAAAUAGUAUCUCUCACCUCAUUCAAUGAAUGGCAUGAGGGGACCCAAAUAGAGAAGGCUAUGCCAAAGAAAACUGCCACUCGCCUCUAUCUAGACUACCUUCCUCAUCAACCUGACCUCUACCUGAUUCUUACAAGAAAAUGGGCUGAACAUUUCAACAAGGAGAAGGAGCAGUGGCUAAUGUGAGUUUACAACAUACCCGCAUAGAAAAAUGUUCUACAACUAGGGUGGACAGUAACAUUAACUACUAUGUUCUUAAUAAAUUAAUGAUAUUACGAUAACUGCUGAGUGAGGUUUUAAGUAUUGACCUAAAGUAUGAAAAGAGAAUGACUUGACCAACAUCAGAAAAUAUGAACAUGAUCUAUAAAACCUUUCUGUAAUUAUUUUUGAAACUUUGUUAAAACAACCCCUUAUAAUAAAGUGUGAAGAUAAAUCGUAGCUUUUUUUUUUUAUACCUGUAACAAUGUUUGUAUUCAAACUAGUGUUACUUUUUAUGAAAAUGUUCUUUUGCUGUAUGCUUACAGUAUUUGUGUAUUAAUGAGAAACAGAUAAAAAGUAAACAGGUCAGAAUCACAUUACUCUGUGGUAAACAAGAUCAUGUUUCUUGGCAACUCACUUAACCAAAAUUAUUGGGAAUUUACCAAUGAAUGGCAACUGUAAGGCCAAAAGUACAAAGUCGUAUAACUUCUAAAAUUGCUUCCUUAUGUAGAUGUC